UGCGACCACCACGAGCCGGAGACUCUUCUGAGCCUGCGAAUGCCAUGGGGUGCGCGAGCAGCGCUCCGUUUCUGGCGGCCCGCUCGCAGAACGGCGCAGGUGCUGGCGCUGGUGGUGACGGAGCUGACGGGUCCGCCCCCGACGCGGGGGCGGGCGGACUGGACCUCACCAAGACGGUCGGCGGCGCCGCACAAGGACUCACGCAGGGGGCCGUGGCCAAGCUGCAAGAUGUCGGUGAGGCAGCAAAACACAAAGCUGAAGCUGUUGCUGAAACUGUUGAAACUAAGGCAGUAGAAGUAAAAGAGCAAGUAGAAGAGAAAGUAAAAGCAGUCACAGAACAGGUGAAGGAGAAGGUUGAAAAUUUUAUACCAAUCAAGAAAGAAGAUGGGGAAGACCUGACAAAAGUAGGAGAUGAUGCUCUUAAGAAUGUUACUACAAAGGUUGGAAAUGAACUGGAGAAUGUCAGUGAACAGGUUACUGACAAAGUGCAUGACACUGUAGAGAAAACCAGUGAAGAGGUGGAAAAUGUAACAGAGAAGGCAGGUGCAGAAUUUCAGAACAUAAGUGAAAAGGUUAACACUGAAUUGGAACAUUCAGUCAACAGAGCCAGUUCUGAAGUUGAAGAGAUAACGACAGAAAUUGGGACUGCUGCUGAAAACCUACAUAUGUCAAUAGAUAAAGCUGAUAUUGAUAUGGUUGAUGAAGAAUUGCGAGCUAUUGAAGAAAUGGAGGCAACUGAAAAGAUGGUGAAAGAAGAGGGAUCCAUGCAUGAAAAUAUGGUCGUGUCAGCAGCAUCCACAGCUGAAAACGAAAUUGACGAGAAGCAUGAAACAGAAGAUGCAAAGGAAAGCCGAAGUAAACAUGCCACUCCUGAUUUGGACAAGAAUGUUACUGAAGAUGCUGAAAAAUCUGGAAAUGGUAGUCCAGUAACUAAUGAAAGUGAUGAGAAGACUAAUCCAAGUGCAUAAUUGUGACAGAAUUUUUGGUUUGUGUGUGUGUUGAAUGGUUUAAUGAAUACAGAACAGAAAAUAUAUGAUAUUUUGUAAAAUUAAUGUGCUAUUUUGAAAAUAUUCUUGUAAAAAACCAAAUGGACAUACAAGAUGCAAAAUAUGGUUGUGCAGGACACAGUAAAAGAAGUUAUAUUACAGUUUAUGUGUAAAAAUGGUGUUGACUGUUACUAUAAGUUUAGAAAUACUUAAUCCAACAGCACCCUCAACUUUCUCCAUUAUUCCACACUCCUG